AUGUAUUUGGCAAUUGUUUUUCAAUUUCUUCUUUAUUUCGGUAUUAUUGCAUUAGCUGCAUAUUGGUUAUUUUCUUUGCGUGAUAAUAUUGAAAAAUAUUUUCAAAAUAAGGUUGUUUGGAUUACUGGUGCCUCAUCAGGUAUUGGUCGUGAACUAGCCAAACAAUUGGCUCGUAUUUCACCAUCUACAUGUCUUAUUCUAUCAGCAAGACGAGAAGAAGAAUUGCAUAAACUUGCCAAUGAACUUCAACUGGAUUCUGAUCAUUGUUUGGUUUUGCCACUUGAUCUUGAAUUACAACAAGAUUGUUUUAAGUCAAAAUUUGAUCUUGUUAUUGAACGGUUUGGUCACAUUGAUGUCUUGAUUAAUAAUGCAGGCAUAUCACAAAGAAGUCUUAUUCGAGAUACGGUAUACAAUGUUGAUUCACGACUGAUGAAUAUUAAUUUUUUGGGUACAAUUACUUUAAGUAAAACUGUUCUACAGCAUUUCAUCGAACUCCAAAAGGGACAUUUUGUUGUUGUAACAUCAGCAGCAGGUUAUAUUGGUACAGCAUUACGUUCAUCAUACGCAGCUUCUAAACAUGCCUUACAUGGCUUUUUCAAUUCUCUUCGAUUGGAACAUGCUUGUGAUAAUAUUGAUGUUACAAUUGUGUGCCCAGGUUAUGUUCGAACAGAAAUAUCUCAAAAUGCUUUUGAAGGCUCGGGUUUAUUACAUGGAAAAAUGGAUCCAAAAACUGAUCAAGGAACUGAUCCAUCAAAAUGUGCAUAUGAUAUACUUCGAGGUGUUGCCAAUAGAGAACAUGAAAUCUAUGUUGGAUAUCUUGGAUCAGUUGUUAUUUAUCUUCAACGAUUUGUUCCUCGAUUAUUUUAUCGCAUUCUUUUACGUUCUAAAACAGAUUGA